CAUUGUACGUGCGAGUAAGGGCGGUUGGUUGGCCGACGAGACGGCGAUAGAUCCACAAGCCAAGCGAGUCACAAUAAUAAAGGCGGAGUUGGCAGGGGCAGUCUGAACUCGACAACAGCACACCUCAACUCGGCUUCCACAGGCAGGCAACUCACCGGCGGAUUACACUACAUUUGUUUAGUUACCAGAGGUGUAACAAUGGAAUGUUGACCAGCUAUAUGAGUAAAACUAAAACGGAGAAAUUACUCGUACAUUGCGCACGUCACCGCGGACUUUGCGUACGAGACUGGCAACGGAGAGCUACAAAGCCGGCUGUGCCGUAUGGUUGAGAGCAGCCCAGCCCCCAACGAGUCGGAGUGGCCUGCUCAAAGGAGAGGGAAAGCUAACUUAGCUGAUGCAUUAACUUACCCUGUUGCUGCAUCUUACUGUUCGGUUUAGGUUUUACCUUGACAUCAUCUUUUAAAAGGGAUUUUAACGCACUAUGUCGUAAAAAGUUGGACUGUUGUUUCAUUUGGCUUAUAGCCUUUUAAGAGACAUCUGCAGGUUGUUUUGUGUUGGAUAACGUUCGCGUACAGCGUUGAUAAUAACACUGCUAGCCGGGUAGCUAGCAAGGUAGCUAACGUUAUAGCUACGUCGUUUCAAAUUAGCUAGAUUGUCUCAAAGCUGUGCACUACAUUUAGAGCAACAGCAGGUUAAACAUUUAAUUCCAAAACGCAGACACAUGAUUCCUUUGAUGACGAAUGAUACUGGUCAUUGUACGCGUUAGUAGACAGCUGGUGAAUGCGCUUUUGUGAAUUUGCCAUAUACCUCGCUUGGCUUUCCAUUCUCGUCAGUUUAACAUUAGGAUUUGGCUGUUGUAACGUGAAAACCCUGGUGUAAGGAUUUUAAGGCGAUAUUUUGAUCUUUGUGUAACUGUUAGUCAAUUUAACCGAUGCUGUGAAAUGCAUCUGUAUACUUGUGCAAGGUCUGUGUACUUUACAAGAUCUUCGUCGCAUUUUAACAAGCUGGUUAACUUACUAUCCAAGAGGGAGUUGAUCUGAUUGCUCGCUUUUUGCGCUGCAGCAUUUGAGCGCAUUGAAGUUUCUGGGAGUAAGAACUGGAAUCCAAAAAAUAAUUGAAGUUUAAGUGGAGUUGUGUGUCGUUUAGAUUGGUCAUCUGUUUGUCUGUGUGGGGCUAAGGGCUGUAUUGGGACUCUUGCAUCCUUCCUAAACCAGCCGAGCUCCUCUGCGAGACCUUCUUUACUUUCGCCCUGAUCUCUGCUCUAUUCCGGCUCCUCUCUCCGAUGUGGAGUGUCUGAGUUUCACCGGCAACCUUUCUCCCCCGGAGGCCGGACAUGCUGAAGUGUAUUCCACUGUGGCGCUGUAACCGCCACGUCGAGUCGGUGGACAAGCGGCACUGCUCCUUGCAAACUGUCCCCGAUGAGAUCUACCGCUACAGUCGAACCCUAGAGGAGCUGCUUUUGGACGCCAACCAGCUUAAGGAGCUACCCAAGCAUUCUUCCGCCUGCUGAACCUGCGUAAGCUGGGCCUGAGCGAUAAUGAGAUCCCAGCGACUCCCGCCAGAGGUGGCAAACUUUAUGCAGCUGGUCGAGCUGGACAUCUCCAGAAAUGACAUUCCUGAGAUCCCCGAGAGCAUUAAGUUCUGCAAAGCGCUGGAGAUCGCCGACUUCAGCGGAAACCCCCUCUCCAGUUUGCCAGAUGGCUUCACACAACUCCGAGGCCUUGCCCACCUCGCACUCAACGACGUGUCUCUGCAGACUCUACCCAGCGACAUAGGAAAUCUGGCCAACCUGGUGACCCUGGAGCUGAGGGACAAUCUGCUGAAGUCUUUGCCAACGUCUCUGUCCUUUCUUGUAAAACUGGAGCAGCUGGAUCUGGGCAGCAAUGUGCUGGAAGUCCUGCCGGACACACUGGGAGCCCUCCCGAACCUGCGUGAGCUGUGGUUAGACAGGAACCAGCUGACCUCAUUGCCACCUGAGCUGGGAAACCUGCGCCGACUUGUGUGCCUGGACAUCUCCCAGAACCGUCUGGAGGAAUUGCCCAAUGAGCUCAGCGGCCUGCUGGCUCUCACAGACUUGCUGCUCUCCCAGAACCUCCUGGAGGUCAUCCCCGACAGCAUCGGCUCCUUGAAGCAACUGUCCAUUCUGAAAGUGGACCAGAACCGGCUUUUGCAACUCACAGACUCCCUGGGAGAGUGUGAGAACCUGACGGAACUCAUGCUGACCGAGAACCUCCUGCAGUCUCUGCCCCGCUCGCUGGGGAAGCUCAAGAAACUGACCAACCUGAACGUGGACCGGAACCGGCUUGGCACGGUGCCCCCUGAGCUGGGCGGCUGUGCCUGUCUGAACGUGCUCUCGCUGCGGGACAACCGGCUGGCCAAGCUGCCCGCUGAGCUCGCUGACGCCACCGAGCUGCACGUGCUGGACGUGGCUGGGAACAGACUGCAGAACCUGCCAUUUGCUCUGGCUAACCUGAACCUGAAAGCCAUGUGGCUGGCAGAGAACCAGUCGCAGCCCAUGCUCAAGUUCCAGACCGAGGAUGAUGAGCAGACCGGAGAGAAGGUGCUAACCUGCUACCUCCUACCCCAGCAACCCACGCCCAGCCUUGAGAACCUACUACAGAACAGUGUGGAUGAGUCCUGGACAGACAGCAACCUUAACCGCGUGUCGGUCAUCCACUUCCAAGAGGAGGCCAAGCCAGAGGAAGAGGACGACGAAGCUGCUGCUGAGAGAAGGCAGGGUCUCCAGCGCAGGGCAACUCCCCACCCCAGCGAGCUGAAGGUGAUGAAGAAGGUGAUCGAGGAGCGCAGAAACGAGGCCUACACCGCCAAACCAGACGGGGACCUGGAGUCUCCCGACUCAGAGGAGAAGCGCCUGAGUGGAGUGUCCAAUCAAAGCCACGACUCUCAGGCCUCCAACAGCACUGCCUCUGCGACCUCCCAUGAUGAGAGGCAGGGCCUCAACAACCAGAGGGAGGCUCUGGUGGACGGCCACAGACACGACCAGGAGGACGAGGAACUAGAUGAGAUGGAGGUGGAGUAUAUUGAGCCCACUGUGCACUUUGCUGAGGAACCCAUCAUCCGAGGCGGUGACGAUGAUGAAGACGAUGACGAGGACAAUGACGAUGGCGGUAGCGACGACAACGCCGAGCCGCCUCCCCCAUACCCUGGCCAGAAGCAGCGCCUGAUCCGCAAGGACACCCCACACUACAAAAAGCACUUCAAGAUCACCAAGCUGCCCAAGCCCGAGGCCGUGGCCGCCCUCCUGCUACAGGGCUACAACCCCGAUAGCCUCCCCCACUCCCCGCACGAGCAGAACAAUGCAGAAGAGGAGGAGGAGGAGGAGGAAGAGGAGGAGCGAAAGGACAUGAGACAGAGAGAGGAAGAGGAGGAUGAUGAGGAGCAAGGGGUGAGCGCUUCUACGCCGCUGCUUCAGCGGACGCCGGGCCCAGAGCUGGAGAACAGCCGGCUGCUGCACGUCAACUCCUCCUUGCAGCCGGUCAAGGGGGUGUCAUUUGAUCAAGUCAAUAAUCUGCUGAUUGAGCCUGCUCGAAUUGAGGAGGAAGAGUUGACCCUGACCAUCCACAGGCAGACAGGAGGUCUGGGUAUCAGUAUUGCCGGUGGAAAGGGCUCCACACCCUAUAAGGGGGAUGAUGAGGGCAUCUUCAUCUCGAGAGUGUCAGAGGAGGGGCCUGCUGCACGCGCAGGAGUUAAAGUGGGAGACAAACUCCUAGAGGUGAAUGAUGUCCUCCUGCAGGGUGCUGAGCACCACACAGCAGUGGAGGCUCUGCGGAGCUCGGGUGCGGCCGUCACCAUGACGGUUCUGCGGGAGCGGAUGGUGGAACCGGAGAACGCCAUCACCACCACGCCGCUGCGGCCCGAAGACGACUACUUCCCGCGGGAGCGGCGCGCCAGCGGUGUUCCGUUCUGCAUGGAGCCCGGCUCGCCCGCACCCAGCACCGACACCUUUCGCCUGUCCACAUGCCUGCUGCGCAACGACAAGGGUCUGGGCUUCAGCAUCGCUGGAGGAAAGGGCUCCACACCCUACCGGACUGGAGACACGGGUAUUUUCAUCUCUCGUAUUGCAGAGGGCGGAUCAGCGUCCAGAGACAACGUCCUCAAAGUGGGAGACAGGGUCAUCUCUAUCAAUGGUGUAGACAUGACAGAGGCCAGGCAUGACCAGGCAGUAGCGUUGCUUACCGGCACCUCCCCCACCAUCGCCCUGCUGGUGGAGCGCGAGCAGGGCCCCCACGCCGGCCGCGGCCGAGCCCACUCCCCCCCGCCCCCAGAGCCUUCCGACUCCCCCGAGCAGGAAGAGCCCAACGACGAGCACGCCAACCACCUCAGCCGCACCAUGGAGGACGAGUACCCCAUCGAGGAAGUGAUAUUGGUAAAAGCAGGUGGACCGCUAGGACUGAGUAUCGUGGGUGGCAGUGAUCACGCAAGUCACCCGUUUGGCGUCAAUGAGCCGGGGGUCUUCAUCUCUAAGGUGAUCCCCCAUGGGCUGGCGUGUCAGAGUGGGCUGCGUGUGGGCGAUCGGAUCCUGGAGGUGAACACCACCGACCUGCGGCACGCUACACACCAGGAGGCGGUGAGAGCACUGCUCUCCAACAAGCACGAGAUCCGCAUGCUGGUGCGCCGGGACCCCUCCCCACCUGGCAUGCAGGAGAUCGUGAUCAUGAAGCAGCCUGGUGAGAAGCUGGGCAUCAGCAUUCGAGGAGGAGCCAGAGGCCACGCUGGAAACCCCUUUGACGCCACAGAUGAGGGCAUCUUUAUCUCCAAGGUGAGCUCCACAGGGGCGGCGGCGCGUGACGGACGGCUGCUGGUGGGCAUGCGUAUCCUGGAGGUGGGCAACCACAGCCUGCUGGGCAUGACUCACACGGAGGCGGUGCGGGUGUUGCGCUCCACCGGAGACACGCUGGUGCUGCUGGUGUGCGACGGCUUCGACCCUCGCAACGUCACAGGCAUCGAGUCUUCACCUGGGGUCAUCGCCAACCCGUUUGCAGGUGGGAUUGUCCGGAAAAACAGCAUGGAGAGCAUUUCAUCCAUCGACCGAGACCUCAGCCCUGAGGAGAUGGACAUCCUGCAGAAGGAGGUAGAGAUGGCAAGAGAGACCUCCCAGUGGGAGAGGGAGGAGAUGGAGAAAGUGGAGCGCAUGCGUUUGGAGCGCGAGGAGGCCACACGGCAGCUAGAGGAGGAGGCCGAGAACAUCAGCGCCGGUCCUCUGAAACUGGACUACAAGACACUGGCAGCACUACCCACAACCAGCCUGCAGAAGGUCAACCGGGCACCCUCCACAGACGCCCAGAGGACAGACAGUCCUAUUCGUGACGUGUCCUACUCACCCAGCUCCCAGCCCCCGUCUGUUAAGCAGCACUCCUCCCCAGCCCAACCGGCAGCUGGCAGAGAGACCCGGUUUGCCAGUAUCCAUUUCACCUCUAAUGCCACUCCCAAGGACAAUUCAUCUACCAAGCCGGGUGUGAUCCAGCCCAUGUCUCGCAUGAGGCAGACGGCCUCGCCAGUCAGUCAGGAUGGCCACAGCAGCCCCAACCCCUUCCAGCAUGGCCCCUCCCCCAUCAACUCCCAGACUUCUCCACGCGCCCCUUCCCCUGACACAAUUGAAGAGUUCCCCAUCAAUAUCAAGCAGGCCUACAAGGCCUUUGCCGCUGUGCCCCACUCUCUGGCAGUGCUGGAGCCGCCUCAGGACAAAUUUGGUCAGCGGAACAAUGUUCACCCUGUACAGCCAUCCCCUGAGUCCGAUGGGGGAGAUGAUGUGUUCACAGAUGAGGUGGAGGUGGACGGGGGAUCGGACUCAGUCUUCCCCCGCCCCUCCCUUGCCUCGGAGGACUACGCAACUCUGGCAGCAGUGCCACGUCUUUCGCGGCCCACUGUGGAGUUUAAGACGCCUAGGCCCAUGGGAAGGAACAGCCCAGAGCAGCGCUCCUUCAGGGAUCGACAGAAGUACUUUGAGAUCGACGUGAAGCAGCAGACUCCAGACAACAAGCCCAAGCCCCGUGUCUCCUUGGUGGGGGAGGAUGACUUGAAGAAGAUGAAGGAGGAGGAAGCAAAGCGGUUUGACCAGUGUGCACGGGACUACUUGCUUGAUGAGGAAGAGGAAGAGGAGGAAGACCUUGCCAAACAAGUGGCUGCAAUGAAGGCCAGUGGAAAGGUGCUGCUGGAUGGCGUGGAGUACAAGGUUGAGAGUGUGGGUGGGAACAACUCACACGCUGCCACGCCCCCCAGGAUGUGUGCCACUCCCCCUAGCUACAACUCCACACCGCCAAGCUACUGUGGAACAUCCGGGCCUUCAUCAAUUGAUGGCAGAGGAGACUCCCAGAGAAACUCCAUGGAGGAGACUUUCAGACUGGACCAGAGGCCCAACUCCAUGACUGGACUCGUGCCCAUGUACCCUGGUGUUGAGUCUGCCGCACCCAUCCGCACUGCCAAGGCGGAGCGCAGGCACCAGGAUCGUCUGCGCAUGCAGAGCCCCGAGCUGGCCAUCGCAUCAGACAAGGAACUGUCGCCCGCAGAGAAGCGUGCCCUGGAGGCCGAGAAGAGAGCCAUGUGGAGGGCGGCCAGGCCUUAUGGCCUAGAGGAGGAUGUCAGGCAGUAUGAGCAGGAUCUGGCCAAGAGACUGUACCAGUCCAGAGUGCGGGCGUCGCAAGCCAGUGCCAACACCAACCCCAACCCUUCCUCCUCUUCCUCUUCCUUCCAGCCCAGGAUGAAGUCUCUGGAGCAGGAUGCCCUAAAGGCCCAGAUGGUCAUUGCCAAGUCCAAGGAGAACAAGAAGCGCAGCACACUGGACCAGCUGGUCGAAUCGCCCUCGCCAGCCCCGACCCCCUCCCCCACACCUCUGGAUGAUAUCAGUCCUCGAGGUGUGACAUCACCAGGCAGACUGUCCCUGUCAGAAAAGAAGUUUGACUACCGACAGUUUGCCGCCAUUCCUUCUUCCAAACCUGUUUACGACAUCGAGUCUCCCGACACUGCUGACAACAUGCGCUACAUUGAUGACGGCUCCAGCAACCCAGCAGUGGGUGCUGAUGUGGAGGUUUCUGCUGUGGUGGGCAGCUCUGCUCUGGAGGAGAUGGCUCUCUACAGCAACAAACGCAAACUCCGCCAAGCUCGUCGCAGCCUAGAGACAGCAGUGCCCACAUAACCCCCCCCCCCCCCAUAGACACACACUCACACAAACACACACAGUUGCGAUUCCCAUAAACAAUCAUAUACACACAUGCAAACACAUUCUCUUUAACACUAAUGACUGAGGUGAAGUUUUAAACACUAAUGUACCACACUUGUACUUAUACAGUUACUGCACAGUAAUCAGACUACACACACACACACAGUUUCAGACCAACUUUCAGAUCAAAGCACCAAGAUUCAUGUGUUCAAUUCACCCCACUGCCACAACCUUGAGGGGUGUCCAUGGACGUGUUCACCACUCCAGCUCCUUGUCUUCUGGACGCCAGUCAUGCCUUUCAGAGCCCAGGGGUUGGCCAGGGAAAGCCCGUGUUCCCAGUGCUCUGUGCUGGACAAAGAGCCAACGUGAUGCUACCAGACCACCAACACUUAACUCAUUCAUCUCACCGUUCUGUCAUACUCUCCUGCCGGCCUUCAGUUUGCGUUUUAGAAGCUGAAUUAUUUUAAACUGACAACUCACACUUUUUUUUCUUUCUUUUUUUAAUUCACAUGUAGUAUUUUAAUGUCAAAAAAAGACAGUUGUUUUAUGAAGAGAGAAAACAUGUAAAGAAAUGUAGUUGCUGUUGUACUAACUUUUCUGUUAAGUUUGAUGAGAAUUGUUGAUGAUGACUAUGCUAGAGGUAUUCUGUCGCAGUUUGAGGAAGGAGAGACGGCUACCUUCACUACCCCCCUUCCACAGGUCCUAAAGCCCACCAGAUUAAACCAGAAACCCAUUUGUAGUCCACUCCAUUGUGAUCUUGUCAUUGUCAGGUGUUCUUCCUUUCUCAAAGUAAACGUCAUCCCAGAAAAGGGGGCGGGGGGAGUGGGGUUUUAUUUCUGAAUGCACCAAUUACCUCACGGGCAUGAGAAAGGUGGUGCAGAGCCUGGCGCAAUCACACUGCUCUCUGUGUGUCUGUCGUGAAGCUUUUCCUUUCUUUUCAAACUCGAGGCCUUGUCGCAGAGCUUUAAAUUCAUGACAUAUCUGGCAAUCUGUCAUAUCCUCCAUGUGUGAAUUGGAGCUUGCUUCAGAGUUAUGCAGAUGAAUGUAGUUGUUUUAUUAUUUUUCUUGAAAUUUGUAUUUUUUAAUCCAUAUUUGGGUGUCUUGCAUGAAGACGUCAUAUCAGCCAUGAGGCUGAUGCUCUCCCAACAAUCGUGAUAUUUUCAAAUUGAAAGUAGGAAGUGGCUGUUGUGAUCCCUUUUGAACUGGACGGUUUAUGUUGUAUGACCACUCGCUCGUCAAACACUGUCUGGGAGAUGAGUGUUUUUUUGUUAUUGUUAAAUAAGAGUUGGCAUCAGCCUAUUGGCUGGUCCUUUCGUGGAUUUCCCCAUGCUGAAGUAGUCAGUAGUAUGUGGUCUCUGGACCAGUUGGAGAUUCAUAGUUUUCCCUGGACCAUGUUAAGGUUUUCCACAUCUAUCCCAUUCCACAGAAUGAGACAAUAUACUGGUGAAGACCACAGGAAAACUAACAAACUAAAUUAUUUUCCUUGUGUGUGUAUACACACACACAAACACACACACACAAAAUAUGCCGAUAAACAUGCAAUCAUCUGACCAUUGCUUUUAAGAGCCAGUGAAAGUUCAUCUCAUCUUCGUAUGGACUAAAUGGUACCAUGCUUUCCUUUUCUACUUUAUGGGGAGGAACUCACAAGCAGACAUGUUUAGCUUUGUUUAGUGGUGUAUAAAACUUAUUACACAUAUCUGCUCUCCGGGGCUGCUCCAUACAGGCUUGUGAAGGUUGCAGCUCAUUUGUACUUUUUAUUAAAAAAAAAAAAAGUAUCUUUUACCAUAUGAAUGAUUAAUUUAAAUCUGAAGCCACUGAAAAAAAAUGUUUAUGGUCGUGUGAAUAAUGUACAAAAUAACAUGAAAGGCUAAA